CAUUCCCUCAUAUCAGUGACACUGUUCAGUUUAUCACACGCGCUUGCUUGGUUGCAUCUUUAGACAUUUUAGACUAUUAUCUGUGGUUCUCAUUUCGCAUUUUUUACUGAUGUUAGCCGAGUUAUAGUUUUCUUGCCUGUUUUUAAAUUUUACUGUGAAAAUGAAACUGUUUUAAUUGUAAGAAAGAUUUUGAUCAAGUGAAAAUGGCAAAAGAAGGAGAUAUGUCUCUUUUCAACGAUGUAUUGGAACCCUUCAGGAGGGUCAUAAAUACUGAUCCUCCUAAGGACAAGCUAUCGGCGUCUACUAAACUUAAUUUUUCUGAUAGUAAUCAGUCUUUAAAAGAAGGUCUUUCGAACAUGUUGUCGUUUGGCAAAAGGAAGUCGAGUAUCGGAGCUGCAGAAGGGGUUACUCCAGAAAAAAGAACUCGAACUGGUUCUACUUCGAAUUCAACGGCGGUUGUUCCUUCUCCUUGGGAAGCUAAACGGAUGAAGAUAGACUUGAUUGCUGCUAAAGCACAGAUAACAAAAUUAGAAGCAAGGGUAGCCCAUCAGCAUACUAUUCGCAAAGAAAUGCAGAUUCUUUUUGAGGAAGAGAAGGCUUCACUGGAAGAACAACAUAAGCGGGAUGAGCGUGCUCUGUCAGAUAUGGAGGAUAGGCUGCAGGUCAUCAGGAGAAGAGAGCAAGAGCUUAAAGAUGAGCUCGCUCAGGUGCAAAAAGAUUACCAAGAAAGCAAGGCGAACUGGGACAAAGACAAGUCAGAAUUACACAAGCAAGUAGCAGACUUGAAAGAUCAGCUUUUAGAGGCCGAGGUGCAAAGUAAAGGGCAGGUGUCAGAAAUGAAGAAGGACAUGAAUGAACUGCAACAGGCGAUAGAAAGCUACCAGUCAGAAGUGGAGAUCUUAAAGAAAGAGGUAGCCAAACAGACCAGCAGGGCAGAACAGUGCACCUCGCUACGCACACAGCUGGAGAAGCAGACAUUUGAGUUGCAACAGGUCACGAACAAGUUAAAAGAGCUGGAGUAUGAGAAGGACUCGUAUAAAGACUGGCAACAACAGGCCAAGACAGCCCAGAAGCGUCUAUCCAAUAUGGCGGAACUAGAGAAGGAGGUAACGAGACUCCGGGCCAACGAGAGAGGUUUACGUGACGCGGUGGGCAACAAGUUGUUAUUGGAGGAGCAGGUGCACGUGCUGACCAAUAGGGUCGAGGCAUUGCAACCGGUGCAACAGGAACUGCAUAAAGCUAAGGUGAAAAUAGCAAACCUUGAGGCUUCCCUGGAAGAGUGGAAGGCGGCGGCCCGCGGGCACGGCGUGGAGCAGGCGCGCGCGCUGGGCGCCGCGCUGGACGCCGCGCUCACCGGCCAGCUCGCCUCCGCCGAGAGCUGCUCGCAGGCGCACUCGCAGCUGGCGCAGAACAAUGAGGAAUUAGCUACAUUGAAGUUCGAACGUGACAAGGCCACUUCGAAGCUGGAAGACUUGAUGACGGUUAAGAAAAACCAGGAGACACAUAUACAUAGGCUGCAGAAGAGGCUAUUGCUCGUUACGAGGGAAAGAGAUAGCUAUAGACAACAACUAGACUGUUACGAAAAGGAACUGACAGUGACGAUGUCGGGCGAGCCAGGGACGGACAGAGCCACCUUACUGUCCACUAGAGUAGCACAACUCGAGAAGUCUUUGCAGUCUUACCGCGACCUACUGGCCACGCAGGAUACACAGGGGCAAGCCAAGAUGGUGGAAGGCCUUCGUAGCGAAGUGAGCAAAUGGCGGUCGGAGGCGGAGUCGCUGCGGCGCGACGCGGGCAAGCUGCGCGCGCAGCGGGACGCGCUGCAGGCGCAGCUCGAGCGCAUCGACCGCCAGCCGCUCACUAAGGUGCUUCACUUAACUGAAAAUCCUGCAGCGGCUGCGCAGAAACAGUUCCAGUUAGAUUUAGACAAUGCUCAGGAAGAGAUAAAAAGGCUGAAGGCGUUACUGCGCGAGGGCGGAUCUCACACCGACCCUGAGGAGUUGCAGCAAAUGAAACAACAGCUAGAGAAUAGCCGGAUCAAACUAAAAAGAAUGAAAGAAGAAUUUACGUCCUCUGCGCAGGAGUAUCGGAAUGUCGUAUACAUGCUAUUAGGUUAUAAAAUUGAUAGAACUGGACACAAGAACUAUAAAAUAUCAAACAUGUACGCGGAAUCGUCAGAAGAAUACUUGUCGUUCAACCUGUGUGACGAAGACAUAGAAAUGGUGCAUACAGACUAUUCGGCCACCCUCACAGAUCUCGUAGAGUUACACCUUCACCACCAUAGAUCUAUACCAGUGUUCCUUAGUGCCCUUACUAUGGAACUCUUCACCAGGACUACUAUGCAGCAAGAAACUCAGUUAAAUUAGACGUUAUCUGGUUAUGAGUAAUAGGAAAUAAGUAGUCUUUUAUAAUUCUCGUAAGACGAUAUAUAAAUAAGAAAAUUGAUGUGUCAAAAAAAUAUAUUGUGUCGACGACUAAAAAUGGAAUACAUAAUACCAUAAAGCGAAUGACAGAUUUAGAACUAAAUCUCCAACACCACAGAUCUUUAGCAGUGUUCCUAAGUGCCCUCACUGUUGAACUUUUCAAAAUGAAUACUAUGUUGCAAAAGACUCUAAAGGUUCUAAAUAGGUAAUAAGGUGUCUUAUGAAGAUGUUGCUUUCCAAUGCACAAAAACAAUGUUUUGUGGACUUUUUAUCUAUAGCUACAAAUGGAACACAAAAAAAAAAUUAAAGAUUUAGAACUGAAUCUACUACACCAUAGAUUUAUAGUAGUGUUUCUAAGUCGCCUAAGUAGCUAGUAGAAGAACUAGCAGAACUCUUCACAAGGACUAACUACUAUGUAGCAACAAACACAUAAAAUGUUAAGGUUCUAAAUAGAUAAAUGGUCUUUUAUAGUAUUCGCAAGAAAAAAUGCAUUAAAAAUUGUGGACUUUUAUACUUAUGUCGAGUGAAGUGUGUAUCGAUUUUGCUG